GUUAGAUUUAAACGUCAAGUUGACGUUAGAAAUAUGACAGUUGAGGUUAGGAAGUAUUAUGUUAAAUUUGAAUAGAACAAGAGUCAACUUUUUUCUAUUACAUAAUUUCUUUCAAUAUUUAUUGAUAAGUUUUAAAAAAUGAACAUAAUGAAGUAUGAAAAUAUAUAGAUCAUUUUAUCUUGUACUUUAUCUAUUGAAUACUAGAUUAGUAACGAUAAGACUUUGAAUUGCUGUGGACGUCACUGUGUUCGAUGUUUUCUUAACUAAUAAUCGUAAUAAUCUAUUCAUGUAAAACAACUUUGAUUGAUGAAAUAUAAUAUUAUGAAGAUUUGUUAAAUUACGGCAAUAAUAUGACGUGGAAUCCUUUGAAGAAAAAUCAUUUGACACAGAGGCCUACACCAGCACCACCUCUAUUAACUCAUUCAGAAGACAGAGAAUUAGAUAUUGCAGUUCAAAGACUCAUUUAUGUUGAAGAUACAAUUAGGAAAUUGACAAAGGAAAUGAAAAAAUAUAUAGAAGCUGUGCUAAAUUUAGAUCGAGCAGACCAAAGGUUGACAUUAAACCUAACAACUUGUGGUUUAGCACAUCUCAGUGAUGAAUUCAGAAAAGUAGUGGAAAAUUACCAUUCAGUAACAACACAGAUUGGGAAAACAGUGCAAGAAAUGGCAGCUCUCUGUCAAAAAACUUUCAUAGAACCAUUAAAAAAAUUACGAGAUGAAUUCAUUUUAAUAGCUGCAGCAAUUGCCAAACGUGAGGAACUGGUGACAACUUGGAAAUACUCUUAUAAUCGUGUCAAAAAAUUGCAAGAGAAAAAAGACAGAACUGCUAGUCAUAUCGCAAAGUUAGAAAGAGAACGCAGAACAGAAGAAGCAGCUGCUAAGGACUUGAAGACUGUACAUGCUCAAUUACUUGUAGAACUACCAAUGUUUUUAGACAAGAGAUUGGAAUAUAUUAAACCUAGCAUACAUGCUGUAAUCAUGAUACAAUUAGAUUACUAUGGGAGUGCAACUCAUUUAUUUACACACUUAAUGCCAGUACCAAACACUUUAGGAUCGCCAUCCAGUGCUAUGGUACCUGAGGACGAAUACCAACAAGCAGUCACUAAUCAAAUGAAUAGAAUAAGAGCUCUUACAAUAGUUAAAGAUCAUUAAGAAUCAUAAAAAUUUCCUAAACAAAUAUCUUAACAAAGUUGUGAUAAUUUAAAUACUGAAUCUAUAAAAUUAACAUAGGUACGAAUGUAUUUAUCACAUGGCAGUAUUUACAUUCAUAUUGUAAAAGUAUCGAUAGAUUUAUGAUGGAACCAUUCCUUGAUUUCGUUUCCACUGGGCACCAGAACGACGAUUGUGAUUAGCGCGUUCCGCCUUCUUGGUGUUCUUUUGCUGCCUAUUAUAUAAUACAGCUUUCUCUUGUCCUUGACCUUUAGGAUUACCUGCACAUAUGAAAACAACAUCAUUUUAAUACUGGAAUUGAUAAAAAGACACUAAUAAUGCAUGCUGUAUUUAAGUGUAACUAUUAAAUUAUAUUCAGCACUUUAUAAAAAUUGA